CCUCUUCCAGAGAAAAAUGCAGAUCUUCGUGAAGACGCUGACCGGCAAGACCAUCACCCUGGAGGUUGAGCCCAGCGACACCAUUGAGAACGUCAAGGCCAAGAUCCAGGACAAGGAGGGGAUCCCCCCCGAUCAGCAGAGGCUGAUCUUCGCUGGCAAGCAGCUGGAGGAUGGGCGCACCCUCUCCGACUACAACAUCCAGAAGGAAUCCACCCUGCACUUGGUGCUGCGUCUCAGAGGUGGCAUGCAGAUCUUCGUGAAGACCCUGACCGGCAAGACCAUCACCCUGGAGGUUGAGCCCAGCGACACCAUUGAGAACGUCAAGGCCAAGAUCCAGGACAAGGAGGGGAUCCCCCCCGAUCAGCAGAGGCUGAUCUUCGCUGGCAAGCAGCUGGAGGAUGGGCGCACCCUCUCCGACUACAACAUCCAGAAGGAAUCCACCCUGCACUUGGUGCUGCGUCUCAGAGGUGGCAUGCAGAUCUUCGUGAAGACCCUGACCGGCAAGACCAUCACCCUGGAGGUUGAGCCCAGCGACACCAUUGAGAACGUCAAGGCCAAGAUCCAGGACAAGGAGGGGAUCCCCCCCGAUCAGCAGAGGCUGAUCUUCGCUGGCAAGCAGCUGGAGGAUGGGCGCACCCUCUCCGACUACAACAUCCAGAAGGAAUCCACCCUGCACUUGGUGCUGCGCCUGAGGGGUGGUAACUGAACUGGCUGGUUGUUGCUUGCUUCCAAGUACAAGUUUUGCUGCACUUGUUCAUUCCAAUAAAGCUGUUGCAUCCACAAAA